AUGUUUUCUUUCAAUUUAAAGCAACAACGCUUUGAUGAUGCUGAUGAUGGAGCCUCUGAUGGCAAGAUUGGUUUUGACACAGAAUGGCGCCAUGAUGAGCCGAAAGUGUUAAGAAAUGGCAACAAAUUCAAGAUGAGUCAGGAUGGUCAGUUUUCAUACAAGUCUGGUUCUAUGUACAAUGAUCUACGCCUAACAAGAGAACUCAGCGAUGCAGUCAUUGUCGUUGAAAAAACUGAAUUUCACAUCCAUAAGAUCAUCCUUUACAACUGCAGCCCGUACUUUGGAGCCCUCUUUCUGCGUUGGUCCACACCAGAACAGACGGUCUACGCCAUACAUGGUCUUACUCCUUGCUUAAUGCAGCUCUUUAUUGAUUUUGCAUACACCGGCUCUGUGUCGGUAACAGAGGCCAAUGUACAGGACUUGUUAGUAGCAGCUGAUAGGUUCAAUGUGACAGGCAUUGUUGAAACCUGCUGCGCAUUUCUAACAGAGCAGCUCUGCCCAGAGAACUGCAUCGGCAUCUGGCAGUUCACGAAAAACUGUUACACCCCGGAGUUGCAGCUCAAGGCUUUUGACUAUAUGCUCUAUUGCUUUGAGGAAGUCGCCAACUCUGAAGAGUUGUGGCAACUCUCGAUGCAGGACUUGUGUGACAUCCUCGACAGAGAUGAUCUGAUAGUGAAAAAGGAGAACACCGUUUAUGAUGCCAUCCUACAGUGGAUUGGACACGCUCCAGAAGAGCGUAGCGGAAACAUUGAGGCGCUACUGGAGAAAGUGCGUUUAUCUCUGACCAGCCAGGAGUUCAUCACCAUCAACGUGUUGACCAAUCAUCUGGUGCAGAACAGCAACAAAUGCCUGGACAUGGUUACAUUUGCUACACGCGUGAUAAAUCACAUGACAACAAACUGUGUGUCCGGAUACUGCAACAUGGUCGCCCGUCCUCGUCUUCCCUCUACCAUCCUGAUGGCGAUUGGCGGCAGGAAUGGACGAAAUCCAGCACACCGCAUCGAGGCGUACGACGUUCAUGCCAAUUGUUGGGGCUACCUGGUUGACAGCAUGGAUCAACCCCGUUCUUACUGCGGUGCUGCCUUUCUCAACGACGCCAUCUACUGUCUGGGUGGUUUUGAUGGAGCAGAGCAUUACAACACGGUUAGUCGCUUUGAUCUGAACAAACGCACCUGGCAGGAAGUGGCGCCCAUGCACUAUCGUCGCUGCUACUUGAGCGUAACUGUGCUAAACGGAUGCAUCUAUGCAAUUGGUGGCCAUGAUGGACGAGUAAGACUAAAGACUGCAGAAUACUACACACCUGAGACCAACCAGUGGACUCUCAUUGCCAGUAUGAACGAACUGAGGAGCGACGCCAGCUGCACAUCCCUUAACAACAAGAUUUACAUUUGUGGUGGUUUUAAUGGAAAUGAGUUCUUGCAAACAGCAGAGUAUUACAGCCCAGAGACCAACGAGUGGACCAUGAUAACCCCAAUGAGCAGCCGUCGAAGUGGCAUUGGAGUCAUUGGCUUUGCUGACCAUGUUUAUGCGGUUGGAGGCUAUGAUGGUGACAUUCGUUUGGCCAGCGCUGAGGCUUAUAACCCCCAGACUAACAACUGGAUCAUUUUACCCCCCAUGGAGUGUCCGCGAAGCAACUUUGGCAUCGAAGUCGUUGAGGAUCGCCUCAUUGUUGCUGGAGGUUACAAUGGCGUCUCCCCAACAAAGCUUGUAGAGUAUUACGACCUGACCACUGGUCUAUGGUCUCCAGCCAGUGACAUGGGGAUCUCUAGAAGUGGUUUGACUUGCUGUGUGAUGUCUGGACUUCACAACAUAACCCAAUAUGCUAUGCUUCGAAAUGAUCUACCGUUGUUACUCUUGGAAGAUGGUAUGCAGGAUACGGAGGAUCGAUCCAACCACACUGAAAACUCUGAAAUAAACUGA